AUGGCCGUUGAUUCGGCUGACCGGCGAGAAGUAAUCGUCAAAAUCGACGGUGAUGAAAACGGAAGUAGCGACAAUGGAGUUACUGGAGAGACGAUGGGGAAGAUAUGGAGAGAUAGAAGUUACGAUUUUUGGACUGAUGGUCAAGGUAAUCUCCAUAAAGGUAUAAAUGCAACGGACGAUGCUGAGAGAUCCGCCGGAACAUCGACGGAGGAGGAAAAAGGUGACGGGGGUUUCGAGUUUCGGCGCGGCGAGGAUCCUCCGACGAAGUUAAUCGGUCAGUUUCUUCAUAAACAACAAGCUUCCGGCGAGAUUUCACUUGAUAUGGAGUUAGGUAUGGACGAGCUUCGAUCUAAGGGUUUAACUCCGGUUAACGAGUCUCCGGCGUCGGCUAAAGCAACCACCGCGAAACCCGACGGUGUUGGAAGACGAGAUAGCCGAAGCAAUAAGAACAACGAUGACGGAGAAGUUGUCAAGUGUAGUGGAAACGCUCAGAUUCAGAGCAAUUUCCUUAAGAUGCGAACUAGGUCACGUCUCUCGGACCCACCAACGCCUCCAUUGCCGCCGCAAGCGGCGGAGAUGAAAUCGGGUCGGGUUCCGAAAUCAGGGCAGUUGAAAUCAGGGUUUUUCGGGAAAAGCCCUAGAAUUCAAGGAGAGGAAGAAGAAGACGAUCCAUUUGCAGAAGAGGAUUUACCAGAAGAGUAUAGGAAAGAUAAAUUUAGUCUAUGGAUUGUAUUGGAAUGGUUGAGUUUGAUUUUGAUCAUUGCUGCUUUCGUUUGUACGCUUGCGAUACCUACCUUGCGUAAGAAGGUACUCUGGGAACUUCAUCUAUGGAAAUGGGAAUCAAUGGUUUUGGUCUUGAUCUGUGGUAGGUUAGUCUCUAGUUGGAUCGUUAAGAUAGUCGUCUUCUUCAUCGAAAGGAACUUUCUAUUGAGAAAAAGGGUUUUGUAUUUCGUCUACGGUAUCCGAAAAGCCGUGCAGAAUUGCUUAUGGUUAGGGCUUGUUUUACUAGCUUGGCAUUUCUUGUUUGAUGAGAAAGUGGCUAAAGCAGCAAACACUAAGGCGCUUAGGGUUGUGACUAAGGUCUUUGUGUGUAUGUUGGUUGGGUUCUUGUUAUGGCUCGUGAAGACACUAUUGGUUAAGGUUCUUGCUUCCUCGUUCCAUAUGAGCACUUAUUUCGAUAGGAUUCAAGAGUCUUUGUUUACUCAGUAUGUGAUUGAGACGCUCUCGGGUCCUCCUUUGAUUGAGAUACAGAAAAACGAGGAAGAAGAAGAGAGAAUCAGUGUCGAAGUUAGAAAGUUUCAGAAUCCUGGUGGUGUUGAGACUCCGACUGGGGCUCAGAAAAGUCCGAUGAUGACUGGGAAAAGCCAGUUGAUCUCUCGUGUUCUCUCUAAUGGAGGAAGGGACAACAAAGGAAUUACGAUCGAUAGCCUCCAUAAGCUGAAUCCUAAGAAUGUUUCGGCGUGGAGAAUGAAGAGGCUGAUGAAUAUAAUCCGGCAUGGUUCACUUACCACAUUGGAUGAACAGCUACAAGAUCCGAACUUGGAGGAUGAUAAAGGAAACCAAAUCAGAAGUGAGUUUGAGGCAAAGCUCGCCGCAAGAAAGAUCUUUCACAAUGUCGCUAAGCCGGGAUCAAAAUUCAUCUACUCGAAGGACAUUAUGCGUUUUCUGCCUGAUGACGAAGCUUUGAAGACUUUAAGUCUCUUUGAAGGAGCAUCUGAAACAAAUCGGAUCAGCAAAUCGUCUCUUAAAAACUGGGUGGUGAAUGCAUUCAGAGAGAGAAGAGCUCUUGCAUUGACUUUAAACGACACCAAAACAGCAGUGAACAGGCUUCACAAGAUGGUGAAUAUCAUAGUUGGGAUAAUCAUACUCGUUAUUUGGCUUAUCAUACUUGGAAUCACUUCCACCAAAUUCCUCGUGGUCAUGAGCUCGCAAGUCGUGGUUGUUGCAUUCAUAUUUGGAAACAUGUGCAAGAUAGUAUUUGAAUCUAUCAUCUACUUGUUUGUCAUACACCCGUUUGAUGUAGGGGAUCGAUGCGAAAUCGAUGGAGUCCAGAUGGUUGUGGAAGAGAUGAACAUAUUGACAACAGUUUUCUUAAGGUUUGAUAACCAGAAAGUCGUGUACCCGAACAGUCUACUCUGGUUGAGAUCCAUUGGAAACUAUUACCGUAGCCCCGAUAUGGGAGAUGGAAUCGAAUUCUCCAUCCACAUUGCUACUCCAGCUGAGAAAAUCAUGCUCAUCAAACAGAGAAUCACAAGUUACAUUGAGGGGAAGAAGGACCAUUGGUAUCCAGCACCGAUGAUAGUAUUCAAAGACAUGGAGUCAUUGAACAGUGUGAAGAUUGCGGUUUGGCUAACGCAUCGAAUGAAUCAUCAAGACAUGGGAGAGAAAUGGGCUAGAAGAUCUCAGCUUGUUGAAGAGAUUGCCAAGAUUUGCAGAGAGCUCGACAUUGAGUAUCGAUUGUUUCCUCUUGACAUCAAUGUCCGAACCAUGCCCACUUCUACUGCUUUGCCUGUUUCCGACCGUGUUCCACCUCAUUGGGCUGCUCCUGCUUCUGGCAGCAACUGA